UUUUGACUUCUUUUGUAGUUUGAUUAUUUAUUAAUGUAAAUUGGUAUUGUAAUAAAUAAAUAUAUUUUGAAAUAAAUGGAAUAGGUAUAGAAGAAGUGAUUUGGGGAAAGAAUUGACAUAAUAGGAGUAGUGAGAAUGGGAGCGGAAAGGAAGUCUGGAAGUUCAUCGUCCGAAGGAAGUUUAGUGAGAUUAGUUAUGAAUGGGAUGCAAGGGGUUGAGUCGUCUCUUUUAGCUCUUCAAAACCUAUCUGCAUUCCCAAACAUUCUCAGCUCCGUCGCCUCCUUUGGUUCUCUUGUUCUUCUGCUCCGUAAAUUUGUUCAUCAUUUUACCUACAUUGACAGUCUUGUCAACCAGGCAUUUGCUGUUGCUGUUGGAAAGGUUUUACAGGGCUAUUUUUCUGCUUUAAAUACGGUCUAUGCGUCCGUAACAUUACGCCGUUCAUCCAAUGUUGAUGACGACAUUGUGCAUUCCGGAGUUACAUUGUUAGAGCUGUACUUGCACACUCAGGAACUCCGCUCGCAGAUUGAAGCUCUCGCAAACAUAUGCAACUUACAUUGCUUUCCCCUUGAGGAGUUAUCUGCUAAAGCAGUUCUGCACUUUUCUAAUUUCUACAGAGGAGGGGAUCUUCUUACUCACUUGUACAUCCAGCUUCAGGUUGCUGAUCCUGCUCACUCUCCUCUACUCAAGUUCCUUUUUCUUCACUCCUGUGAGCCUUAUUGUGGAUUUAUAAGGUCAUGGAUCUUUAGGGCUGACAUCUCUGAUCCAUAUAACGAAUUCAUAGUAGAUAAUCUGCCCACGGAACUUGGCUUACUCCCAUUCCCCAAUAUUCGGGAUGGAGUUGCUGUGCCAUGUUUUCUCAAGGACUUUUCCGUUCUAGUUCUCAGGGCUGGCCAGCAGCUUCAAGUACUUAUCAAGUUGUUUGAAUUGUGCCAUUCUAAUUAUGAAGAUAUUCUUCCCACUGUCGGUGGACAUUUCAAUGACCAUUUGUUUCGUGCAUCCCCGUUGACCUUCAGCAAACGACAAUUAGAGGCCAUGGUAACAGCCAGAAACAGUUAUUACCAAACAUUGCAGGGAAAAUUUGGUAACAUGUUAACCAAGCUCGACUUUCGAUACCAACAGGUGCUUCCUGGGGGAGCUAUACCUAUCUACUUUGACAACAUUGGAGAGGGAUUUAGCAGUGAAGUCUUGUUUGCUUUGAGCGAUACUUUGAAUGCCACUUCAGUAUCUGACAAAUGGAACUCACAUCUGGAUACUGAUAAGAUAGAUUCAGAUCACUCAAGUACAGGAAAUUUCUCCGUGUUAGUUCCAUCUGGGGAAUCCGAAUGUUCAUCUUUAAGCGAUUCUGAAGAACAAAUUGAGAUAGAGCAACUGACCGAGAAUUAUCAAAGAUUGGUUGGACAUGAUCAAAAUCAUUUCUCCUCUCUAAAUGUUUCCACGUGUAGGCCAACUGAUAAUUUUUUGCAAAAGUCUACUCAAUCUGACAACUCCCAUGAUAUGGAAAUAAAUUUACUUAAAAGUUCUCUAAAGAAUUAUGGUCUUGGUUAUUCUGUUGAAUCCUAUUAUAGAAAAAAAUCUCCCAUGCACGUGUUUGUACCUCUAGAUACAGGGGAUUCAAUCCUAUCAAAAACUGAUAGAUUAACAGAUAAGAUAUGGCCUCUUGGCCUUCUAAAUAAUUCAUCUUAUGAUGAUGAAGAGUUGAGUAAUGACUGGGGGUUAUCUGGAUAUGACAUAACCGGAAAAGUGCACAGAGAAGAUAUGGAGCCCAAAAAUGAAGGUGUACCAUACUGUACAAAAAUGAAUUCUACUAAAGAUUGUCCAGAGAAAGCCUUGAGAAGGGAUCAACUUGAAAAUGAUUUUCAUAGUUCAAAUUCAUUUACAUCGCAGACAUGGAAGGAUCAUUACAGAAGCAAUAUUUUCAGCAGAAAUCCAAUGUUGACAGAAAGUAUGCUCUUUAAGCCAAUGGGCAGACCUGGACAGAAAUGUAGCUCAGCUUAUGGACAGUCGUUGCCUUGCUUUGACUUUUUAACCGUUGAAGACCCUUGCCGAGUAUAUGCGGAGAAGUUGGCUUCUAUUUCAACACAUGAGUUGAUCAACAAUGGCGGAAGUACUGAUAGUGCUGGUGAGGAUUGUGGACAAAGUAAACAAGGCAAUGAUGGAGAUAGUUUCUUGAUUAAUGAUGCCAGAAUGGCUUGCCCUUCGUCGCCAUUAUACUCAAAGGAACAAAGGCAAGUAGCUCUAGUUUCAACAGAAGGUUUUGGAGCAAGGCAUUGGGAAAGUAUGCUCAGUAAUACUAGUUUCUCCAGAAAGGGUAGUAUCGGAGAGCAGGCGGGGAGUUUAUCAGCAAUGUUUGAGAUGCCACUUGAUUUCAUUAUCGAGAAGUGCCUUCUGCAGGAAAUCUUGCUCCAGUACAAAUACGUCAGCAAGCUAGCCAUCAAGCUACUUGAAGGGUUUGAUUUGCAUGAACAUUUUCUGGCGCUGCGACGAUACUAUUUUAUGGAAUUAGCAGAUUGGGCAGAUCUAUUUGUCAUGUCCCUUUGGCAUCAAAGAUGUUGUGCUACUGAGGCAGAACACACAGUUUCAGCACUUCAAGGGAUCCUUGAGAUGUCGGUUCAGAAGUCUUCAUGCGAACGAGAUCCUAAUAAGGAUCGAUUGUAUGUGUACGCAAAGGGGAAUGCUUUAAUGCCUCUUGCAACUUCCACAAUUGGGAUCCAUUCUUUUGAUUUUCUGGGUUUGGGUUAUCGUGUGGAUUGGCCAGUCAGUAUCAUUUUGACUCCCAGUGCAUUGAAAAUUUAUUGCGAUAUAUUCAAUUUUUUGAUAAAAGUGAAGCUGGCUGUGUAUGCUUCUACUGAUGCCUGGCGCUUAUUAAAGGAUUUGAUGCACUUCAUUAGUAGACGUAGUAAUUCUAAAGCACAUGAAAGGGAAGUAGGUUGGCUUAAUUUGCUGAUAAAGAUGAGGCAGCAGGUGAAUCAUUUUAUCUCUACUCUACAACAAUAUGUGCAGUCGCAGUUGUCUCAUAUAUCAUGGUGCAGGUUUCUUCACAACCUAAAGUACAAGGUCAAAGAUAUGAUGGAUUUGGAGAUGAUGCACAUGGAAUAUUUAACAGAGUCGCUGCACAUAUGUUUUCUUUCUGGUGAAACACGGCCUGUAGCCAGCAUAAUAGAAAACAUCUUGGAAUGUGCUUUGGAAUUCCGGGCUUGUCUUACGACCAGCACAUGGGAUGAAGGGGGCUUGCUGGGUAAACUUUCUCGAAUCAAUAUAUCCCAGGUGCGUACCAUAAAGCAGAAGUUGGACAUAAAUUUGAAAGAAUUGUAUCUGUUACAUCUCAACUCACCUAAGCAUGGACAAUUUGGGGUUUCUUGUUUCUGGGGGCAUCUCAACUACAAUGAGUAUUACACACACAAUUCUUAGUUCUAGACCAAACUCAGAGUUUAAGAACUAACAUGUAAACUAUAGCCAAAUAGUGGUUAAUCAUAUCAUACUUGUAUAACAAGCAACUUUAGGCUAUUAUUGUGCAGUUAAGUUAAGAUGUUAUGUAAAUAGAUGAUUUUUUUAGUUGCCUUGGAUCACUUUUUCUAA